AUGUCGCGGCUGUCGCGGCCAUUUCGUCUAGCCCCUUCCGACGAGGAGCUGGACGCUCAGGAUACGUACGACGACCUGUACUACAGUCUUGAGGCUUCAUCGUCCGAUGAACAGGGUUUUGAUAUUGCCCCUCGGAUUACUGAACCUGAAUCCGGCGUCGUUUACUCGAACGCGACCGGACUUGGGAGUAAUUCAGCCCUGGGGGGAAAUACUGAGUCAGAAGGCUCAUCCCGAGACACGGACAUACCGGAAAUGGCCACACAUCAGGACGACUGCCCGCACCGUGUUGACUCUGCUACCGGCACCGCAUCGCUUGACACGCAGGAUGCUCCGGUCGUCGAGGCAAUGACCUAUACUUCGAGGUCUUCACUGAAUCGACGUUCUAGACGACGGUUAGCACAGGAGAUCAAAGCGGUGAACUUCAGAGUAAUGCACACACCUUACCAGGGCAAUAGCUCGGUCGUUGAACUGCGUAAACACAUGGCGCGACCUCCGGGAAGCGCUUUCCUCGGCGCAUCAGCUACCGAGGCGCUCGCAACAGUUGGAAGUUUGAACGCAGAUCCAGUCAAGCUACAGGUGGAGUCUUCGACUGCACCAAGUCUGCUAGACGAUGAAGGCCAUGCCUUCAAAGUUCAAGUGGCGAAAUCUGCCGCAAUGCUUCCCAAGGGUCCCAAGGCAAGCAUACAUCGCCGAAAUAAAAAGCUGAGACGAAGAGCCAGCCUCCGUAAACAGAACCGCGAGGUUUGGGCUCUUGAGCGGACUGUGAUUCCGCCCGAGUCGAGCGUUGCUGUGCGUGUCCAUGCUUAUUUCCGACAGGGACAAGACGUGCUGUUUGUCGAGCGUCAGCUGAGGACAAACGGCAAUGCAGACGAUUUAUAUGGAGCUGCCGACUCACUCAUCUCCAGCGAGAACCCAAUACUGCAUGUCGCUAACUUCUCCAAAGCACCCGUCACCAUCUCAGCUGGCCAAAUCCUGGGUGUCGCUCGGAAUCCUUCAGGCUGGCUGGACAGGAUGAAUCAGUAUUCAUCAGAACAGCAGGAGCAGAUUCACGCACACGCGAAUCUCGUUCGCAGCCUAGCGGAGGACGUCGAAAGAACAGAGAUGAGGGGAGCGGAAGAGAGUCAUCCGUCAUCACACGCUGUCUUCGGCCAUGAGGCGAAGAUCCCGAUCACUGCUGACGCGUCCACUAGCCGGAUGACCCGCUAG